AUAAAAGAAUUGAAUUUGGUAGUGCAAUGUCAAUGGCAAAAACUGGAGUUCAAAUUGCUAUAGCAGAAAGUGCAACGUUAGAAUUGAUCGGGCUUCUUACACAAUUUAUUACGAAGUAUCGUCGCAAUACUAGAUUAAAUGAGAUCUAUUAUCCUACAUCACAAACAAAUGGUGAAGCUCAACCUUUAAGUAAUAUUACUAAUCAUAAUCUUCCUAAAGUAACUAAUCCAGAGUAUCAUAAACCAAAAGGCCGUCCUCCAAAGCAUUUGAAAUCAUCAACUAAAGAAAAUAAUG